AAUGUGUUCGAAUUCUAAAAUUUUUAUUUGUUUAUAUUUUGUGAUUUCUAAUUUUUAGAUUUCACUUUCAUUCGGCCUGAUGUUUUACUUUCUUUUAAUUAACUAAAUUUUGUUUUUAUUAUAUCUAUAAUUUUGUGAUUUUCCAAAACAAAUAAUUUUUAAAUUCUAAGGGUUAUCUUGUUCCGGUUUGUUUGAAGUUAUUUAUCUAACUAUCCAACACUUCCCGCUGAAUUUGAGAACAGAUUAAAUAUCAGCUAGACUAAGAAUGGCAGAAAUGGGUUACUUUUCCAGUAGCACAGCAUUUUGUGCCAGGUGUGGUUCAAUUUUGCCGCUACUCAAAGAAUUUGGAUCUGUGAAGUGUUAUACCUGUAAAGCUAUUUAUGGAGCUGAAAAUUAUAACAACCUCAAGUUUGAAUACACAAUAGACUUCAAUACAGUAUCUGCUGUGACGAACAAGGAUAUAAUUAACAUGGACAACCCUGAGGGUCCAGUGGUUGAGAGGAAAUGUCCGAAGUGUGGCAAUGAAAGAAUGUCAUAUGCGACAUUGCAGUUGCGAUCCGCUGAUGAAGGCCAGACAGUAUUUUACACAUGUACAUCCUGCAAGUUCAAAGAAACAGAGAAUUCAUAAUUUAAAGCUAAAUUGGUCCUAGAAAUAAUAUAUUUACGUAACACCUGUUAUUGCAACAUGUAAAUAAUGUUUUCAAAAAUAAUGUAUUAAAGCAUAUUUUUUUUAACUACAAAUAGUUACAUUUCUAAAAAUACCCAAGAUACUAACAGUGUUCCUUUUUAGUAUAAUUAAUUUGAAUAUUUAAAUUCGGAUUUGAUAUGAAAUGUCAGUGUAGUUUUUAAAUAUAAAUGUAAUAUAAUUUAUUUUGAAUGUUUUAUAUUAUAAAAUUUAAUUGUCAUAUAUAUUUAAGUGAAAUUGAAGUCUCCAUGUUUAAGUAUUGGCCAGAUGGAAAUU